AGGCUCGCAGCGCCGGCGGGAACCAACACCUUCUCUAUCGCAGGUGCCAAGCUUUUGCUGCACGGACUUUGCUCCAACACCACCGUAAAAUCCUUGGACUUGAAGGGGAACAACCUGCAAGCCAUGGGUGCCGAGGCCUUGGGGAAACUCCUCCAGCAGAACAAAUCCAUCCAGAGCCUGGUCCUGGAGUGGAACAGCCUGGGUGUGUGGGAGGAAGGCUUCUCACUCUUCUGCCAGGGGCUGAGCGCCAACCGCUCCCUGCAGCGCCUGGACUUGCGCAACAACCAGAUCAACCACGAGGGAGCAGGGGAGCUGGCUGCUGCGCUGAAGGGCAACUCCAGCCUGCAGGAGCUGGAUCUGCGCUGGAACAACGUGGGGCUCCUGGGGGGCCGAGCGCUGCUGAACUGCCUGCACAGCAACAGGACCCUGCGGCGCCUCGAGCUGGCAGGAAACAACGUCCCCAGCGACAUCCUGAAGGCUGUGGAGCAAGCCAUGGACCACAACCAGGACCGCCAGAGCAUCCUCGCUGAGAACCAGAGCCGGACCCACGUGCUCAGCAAGGAGGUCCUGAGCCUGAAGGAGGAGAAGGCCAAGCAGUUUCUGAAUUUGAUGGACACCAUAGACAGACAGAGGGAAGAAAUAACCAGGAGCAGCAGGCAGUCGUCAGCGCGGGUUGGGCAGCUCCAGGAGGCCCUGGCAGAGCGGCACUCCAUCGUAAAUUCACUGAAGGCCAAGUUGCAGAUGGCAGAAGCUGCCCUGGCACUGUCCGAGCAGAAGGUGCAUGACCUGGGGGAGCUGCUGAGCACCGCCAAGCAGGAACAGGCCACCAUGGCCGAGCGCCAGGCAAAGGAUCUCCAGCAGCAGAAGCAGGAAGCCGCUGAUCGGGAAAUGAAGCUUCUCCGGGACCUGUCUGCUGCUAAUGAGAAGAACCUGCUUCUGAGGAACCAGGUGGAUGAGCUGGAGCGGCGGGGCAAGGCCCAGCAGGACCAGCUCUUCCAGCUGAAGCAGGACUUGACCACUACAGUAGCAGAUCUGAGGCUGCGGGCUGUGCAGGCCGAGGAACGCCUGGACAUGGAGAAGAGGAGGUUCAAGCAGGGCCUUGAUGAUGUGGAGUCCCUUCGGCAGAAGGAGGUGGACCACAUGACGCAGCACAUGGAGGCGAGCGAGCGCUCCAUGCAGGAGCGCAUGCAGCGGCUGGAGGCUGUCCGCAUUGGGCUGGAAGAGCUGAGACUGCUCAGGCCAGUGCUGCCCGGCGCGGCAGAGCUGUGGCUCCUGCUGGCUGGAACGAUGCGUCUUCUGCACUUGAGACAGGAGCUGAGUCGGGUCAAAGCUGCAGCGCUUGUGGAACGAGGCCAGGCAGAGGAGGAGUUAAUCAGAGCCCGGAGCCAGGCCAGGCUGGAAGAGCAACAGCGGCUGGAGCACCUGGAGGAGAAGCUACGGCUGAUGAUGCAGUCACGCGAGGAGGCCCAGGGCCGCUGCUUGCAGCAGAAGCAGGCAGUCGGGGAGGCGCAGGCCAGGGCCAGCCAGCUGAGCCUGCAGGUGGAGAGUCUUCAGAGGUGAGUGGAGGAGCUGCAGCAGGACCUGAGCAGCAAGGAGCAGGAGAAGGUGGCAGAGGUGAACAGGGUACGCGUGGAGCUGCAGGAGCAGGUUGGGCGCCUGCAGGCCGAGCAGACAGCUCAGGAAGGGCUGCGGGAGAAGAUUGCAGCCCUAGAGC